AUGGCCAGUGUUCGCACCCCUGAUCGCCGCCGCCCCUCAAUUACGAGCCAGCGUCGUUCACGAUGGUCGCAAAAGUUACGCUCUCAAUGUUCUGCCAUCUGGGCCAAUCUGCAUAGGGAUCAUCUCUGGCGACGGAUCGUCAAGUUUUCCAUUGCCACGACCGUCGCGCUGAUCGUCGUCGUCCUUCCCGAUGCUGUCGCGCUGUUCGGCACCACCGCCUUCUUCGCGCUUCUCACCACCGUCUUCGCACACCCGGCCCAGCGCAUGGGGUUGAUGGUGGAAAGCCUGCUCCUGAUCUUUGCCGGGUGCAUCCUGGGGACCGCGUGGGCCAUCUUCGGCGUCUGGCUGUCGAGCCUCGUCCUCGCCUCCAACGUGUCGGGCGCCUACGCCAUCCGUGCCGUCUUCCUUCUUUGCGCCGUCUUCCAACAUGGCUACCUUCGUUCCUCCAGCCCGAGGCUGAUCGCCUACGUCCUCUUCCACCUCCUGACCUCGACCGCCAUCCUCUUGGGUCCAGCCCGAGCCGUGACCACGUCGAUUAUCACCGGCAUUGCUUAUCCCGUCUUGAUUGGCUCCGCCGCCACGCUCCUUGCGAACCUCCUCGUCUUCCCGGAGCUCUCCUACACCUAUCUUGCGCAGAUAGCCAUCAACACCAUAAGUGAGACCACUCUGACGCUCUCGCGCUCUACCAGGUGGUUCCUCGCCCCUGGCGACCCCUGUCUCGGGCCUUCCGAGGGCCUCGGGGAAGAAUCGCUCACGCAGAAUACGCUGUAUCAGAACCCAUCCAGGAAAAGGGUCGAUGAGAAUGCGAGGACGGGAGAGUACCGGUGGUACAGGAAGCCGCUCGCGUUGCGAAAUCCGUUUCAUGCACCCGGAUCCACGCCCGCCCUCGUCACUGUACCGAAAGGGGUUACGAGCUUGGCCACCCUGACGGACAGCAAAUCGAUAUUGCGCUCCAAACUGCAGCGUUGCAAGUCUGGCCAGUCCGAGAUCAAUCUGGAGGUUUCGUUCGGGCCGCUCUCUCCUCUGAGUAUGAAGCCCAUCACUGGCAAGCUGAUGACUGGUCUGGUGCACAACACCAUUACCCUGAUUGGGUCGUGCGAGAACAAGUUUGUCAUGCUCAGGAGAAAUACCGAUCUUCGUCGUGAUGAGGCUAGUAGGAGCAGGGGGAGCAGCAGGAGCAGCAGGAGGAGCAGCAGCAGCAGCAGGAGCAGCAGGAGGAGCAGCAGCAGCAGCAGCAGCAGCAGCGAUAACAGCCGUAGUAGCAGCGACAGUACCGAGGAUGACGACUCGGAAAUAUCUAUUGAUACCGCCACCGCCACCGCCACCGCCACGGAGCUCGUGGAUCCCCUCUUGGAAGUUGAAAUGGGCAAUGUCGAGGUGUUCGAGGCUAUGAUCAGCCGGAUCCGGGAACCGUCCACAGAGCUCGUGGAAACGAUCAGACGAUCCGCCAUGGUAGUGACAACUGCCCUGGCAUACUGCUAUGGCCUGCCCAAAUUGCAUUUUGGCAUGCCCACUCCCAAGAGGAUCCCCCUUGAGGAGAUGGACAUCCACAUCGACGCCUUCCUGGACGCCCUCGCCAGAUUCGACCGCAGCUCCAUGGCGGAACUAGAACGUCCCGCCGAGCUCGAGGGCAGCGAGAUGAACCUCAUGCCCCGCAUGGAAACUUUCCUCGUGUCGUCCUUCCUACUAGGCUUGCGCCAAUCGGCCGUCCGCUUGCUCCAGAUGCUCCACUACGCCCGGGAGUUGGUGGAACAACGUCAAAGGGUACGGUUCUGGACGCAGAUCCACAUCCCCCGAUUAUCUGGUUGGAGACAAUGGCUCUCCACGGGUGGCGAGUACGAUGCCAUGGUCCUGCCGCAGUCGAUGCGCAGAGGGGCGCGAUCCCCGCGAGGGUCUCUGAGGGAGAAGAGAGAGACGGAGCGAAGGGAUGCAGGGCUUCCUUCCGAGGCGGGGCGUAAAAAGGCGUCUCCCUCGGCGCCCAACGAUGAGGAGAAGCUGGCAGGGGGCGGCAGCCGCGACGACGGGCACCCGGACGCACAGGCGGCAGAACGCCCAGUAUCGUCCCGCGAGAAGCAAGCGAAAAGAAAGCGACAGCGACAGAGACACGCAUCACCGCAGGAGGGGCUACGUGGUGCCCUGAGACACGCAAGGAUGGCGGCGGCCGACAUGUACGAGUCGAUGCAGAAAUCGGAUGAUGCGCUGUACGCGAUGAAGCUUGUUGUCGCCUUCUUCCUCGUCUCCUGGCCGGGUCUCGUCCCCUCGUGGCACGACUGGUACAUUGAGGUCCGGGGCGUCUGGGCUCCGUUGCAGCUGAUCUUGGUCUUCGAGGUGGCUAUCGGCACGUCCCUUUUCGUGUUUCUCCUUCGCAUGGUUGGUAUCGCCUUUGGCUGUCUCGUCGGUCUCCUGGCUUGGGAGAUUGGUAGGGGGCACAAGGUCCCCCUGGUGAUUAUCAUGGUACUCGGUAUCAUUCCUUCGAUCUACGUCCAGAUUGGGACGAAGUAUGUCAAGGCGGGCAUGGUGGCGAUUAAUUCUAUUGCGUCGGUCUCGCUAACCAUGGUCUUCGUCAACGGGCGAUCCGUCGAGAUCUUCUGGAGACGGCUAGUUACCUUCCUCAUCGGGUGUCUCGUAGGGUUGUUGGUCAGCCUCAUGCUCUAUCCCACGCGGGCGCGGCAUCGGCUUGCCGAGUCCCUCUCGGCGUCCAUCACGCACAUCACGACGAUGCAAACGGCGGUCGCGGUCGGGGUGGACAAGGCACGGGCGCCGGACAUUCGGAACCAGAAGCUCCUGCGGCGGUUCGAGCGGGCGCGGGGCAAAGCGCAGGGCGCGCUGGCGGCGGCCGAGACGUUCCUCCCGUUCUGCCUCACGGAGCCCCGGCUGAAGGGGAGCUUCCGGCACCUGCACCCGAUCUACCGCGAGAUGAUCUACGUGCUCCACCACAUCGUGAACCGGAUGGACAGCAUGGUGCAGCUGCGGCGGGUAUACGGCAGCUCGGUGCUGGAGGAGCUCAACCCGCACGUGCAUGCGUACCGGCGGGCGCUGGCGGCCAGCGUGACCAUGGCGCUCUUCUCGGUCAACCAGGCGCUGGUGACGCGCAUGCCGCUGCCGCAGUUCAUCCCGUCGGCGCGGCUGGCCAUGUGGCGGCUCGUGCGGCGCGUGCGGGAGGUGCUGCAGCUGAAGGCGGCGGAACACGGGCUGGCGGGCGACACGACGGUCGGGGAGGGGUUGACGAGGUACAUCGAGCGCGUGCGGUCCGAGGCGGGUAAGCGCGGGGCGUUGGAUGAGCGGUCGGCGCGGUUGGUGACGCAUUACAAGUUUUUGAGUUGGAAUGCGAAUGCGUCCGGGCAGAUGGAGAUUGUGGAGUAUCUGGAGGAACUUGUCGAGCUGGCCAAGUUGCUGGUCGGGGUUAACGCGUUUCGGAGCGGGAUGUUGGAGAGGCCUACGUUUCAUGAUUAUGCUUCGCUGGCGAGUGGAGAGAUGGACGAGCAGAAGAAGAGGAGGAAGAGGAGGAGGAAGAAGAAGAAGAGGAAGAAGAGGGAGGAGGAGGAGGAGGAGGAGGAGGAGCAGGGGAAUGGCCCCGAUGGAGAAGGCAGACGCGGGGAAGAUUGGGAGGAUGAUAAUAGAGAGGUGGUGGUGGAUGAUGAGCUGGCGAGAGCAGAACAGGGUGCAGUCCUGGGUGCUGCUGCUGCUGCCAUUCCGCUCCAGGAGAUCGAUACGGGGACAUCGACGGGGCGGCAGCAGUCAUCGAGGGGCGGUCUGGGUCGGAUCGAGGGCAGACUCCGGAGAAUAGCAACGCGGGAUAAGAAAGCUCAAGAGUGGGAGCACGCAGUCGAGGGAGCGGAGGAGGAAAGCCAUCCCGAGGUGCCCAUCAGUCUUCAGCGUGUCUCGUCGAGGAGAUCGGCCCGGAGGGCCUCGGCGGGUGUCCGGAGACGAGCGCAGACGUUGCAGGAUGGGGAUGAAGGUGGUCGGGAUGCGGUUGGUGGUCUCAAAGGGAAGGGGAUUGAUGAGGAAGACGACGAAGCAGGCCAUUGA